AUGAUUUACGCAAUAUGGAACGUACAAGGACUCUCUCGGAAAUCAAAUGAAAUAAUAUCGGGGCUAAAGAAUAUAAAAGCAGAUGUCGUAGUGAUAACAGAAACUAAAAAGAAAGGUAAUGGCUUCGAAAACUGGGGACACAACGACCACUUCUACAGCGGCGUACUUAAAGAUCAAAGAGCCCAGCAAGGAGUGUCCAUUCUAAUACGUACAACACUAAGAAAAUAUAUUACCACUUGGGAAGCCAUCAACCAACGAUUUAUAAAAAUAAACCUUACAAUUAAAGGAUAUAAAAUAACAAUAUUGGGAGUAUAUGGUAUAAACGAUGACUCCCUCGAUAACGUCAAAGAGGAUUUUUUCGAACAACUGAACGACGAAAUCAACCGAAUAGGAACAUCGAGAGAGAUCAUUAUUUUAGGAGAGCUAAACUACCGAAUCGGACAAGAAGCCAACAGCUAA